AUGGAGCAGGACAUAGAGAGCCCUGUCACUAUUCAUCAGCCAAAGUUGCCCAAACAAGCUAGAGAGGAUCUGCCAAAAAAUAUAAACAAAGAAUGUGCCAAGAGAAAAAUCCAGAGGUACGUUAGGAAAGAUGGGAAAUGCAACGUCCACCAUGGGAAUGUCAGAGAGACUUACCGUUACUUGACUGACAUCUUCACUACAUUAGUCGAUCUGAAGUGGAGGUUCAACCUGUUGAUUUUUGUCAUGGUUUACACUGUGACCUGGCUCUUCUUUGGAAUGAUCUGGUGGCUAAUUGCCUACAUGCGAGGAGAUAUGGAUCAUAUAGGAGACAGCACGUGGACCCCAUGCGUCAGCAACCUCAAUGGGUUUGUCUCAGCCUUUUUAUUCUCAAUCGAGACAGAAACCACCAUUGGGUAUGGUUACCGGGUCAUCACGGACAAGUGUCCUGAGGGAAUUAUUCUGCUCUUAGUGCAGUCUGUUUUAGGUUCUAUCGUCAACGCUUUCAUGGUUGGCUGCAUGUUUGUGAAAAUAUCCCAACCCAAGAAGAGGGCAGAAACCUUGGUUUUUUCUACAAAUGCAGUUAUUUCCAUGCGGGAUGGAAAGCUGUGUCUGAUGUUCCGAGUAGGAGACCUUAGGAACUCACACAUUGUAGAGGCAUCAAUACGAGCCAAGUUGAUCAAAUCCAAACAGACAAAGGAGGGGGAAUUUAUACCACUCAACCAGACAGAUAUCAACGUAGGUUAUUACACAGGGGAUGAUCGUCUCUUUUUGGUUUCACCACUGAUCAUCAGCCAUGAAAUUAACCAGCAGAGUCCUUUCUGGGAGAUAUCCAAAGCCCAGUUGCCCAAAGAGGAGCUAGAAAUUGUUGUAAUCCUAGAAGGAAUGGUGGAGGCAACAGAUCUGAGCUCUAGACCUUCUACCAGCUUCGUUGCCCGUCUCUGGACAUGCUUCAGCACCUCAAUGUCUUUAUCGUAG